CUCUAGUCUCUGGAUCUGGGAUGCAGAAGCCACAGCUCCUGGUCCCCCUCAGGGCUACUCCAAAUGGAAGUCUGGUUCAUCCGGCCUAUUUCCUACUGGUAGGCAUCCCUAGCCUGGGACCUAACAUCCACUUUUGGCUGGCUUUUCCCUUGUGUUUCAUGUAUGCUGUGGCCACUCUGGGCAACCUGACCAUCAUCCUCAUUAUUCGUGUGGAGAGGCGCCUGCAUGAGCCCAUGUACCUCUUCCUGGCCAUGCUCUCCAGCAUUGACCUGGUCCUCUCCUCUGUCACCAUGCCCAAGAUGGCCAGCUUGUUCCUGACUGGCAUUCAGGAGAUCAAGUUCAACCUUUGUGUGACCCAGAUGUUCCUUAUCCAUGCUCUGUCAGCCAUGGAGUCCGCUGUCCUGCUGGCCAUGGCUUUUGACCGCUUUGUGGCCAUCUGCUACCCAUUACGCCAUGCGUUUGUACUCACAGGGCCUACUGUGGCCAUGAUUGGGCUAGGUUCUCUGACCAGAGGGUUUGUCUUCUUCUUCCCACUGCCCUUCCUCUUGAAGCGGUUAUCAUACUGCCGAACACACACCGUCACACACUCCUUUUGUCUUCACCAAGAUAUUAUGAAGCUGUCCUGCACGGACACCACAGUCAAUGUAGUUUAUGGGCUCUUUAUCAUCCUCUCUGUCAUGGGUGUGGACUCACUUUUCAUUGGCUUCUCCUACAUCCUUAUCCUGAGGGCCGUGUUGAAGCUGUCCCCUCGAGGGGCAGCACUCAAGGCUUUCAACACCUGCAUCUCCCACCUCUGUGCUGUCUUGGUCUUCUACGUGCCCCUCAUUGGGCUGUCAGUGGUGCACAGGCUGGGUGGUUCCACUUCCCUUGUCCAUGUGGUUAUGGCUAAUAUCUAUCUACUGUUACCACCUGUAGUCAACCCCAUUAUUUAUGGAGCCAAGACCAAGGAGAUCCGUUCAAGGGUCAUCCAUAUAUUCUCACAAGAUAUCAGGUGAGGAGGAUACCCUGCCUGGCCUUGAAUAAUACCGAAGAUGACAGGAUGAA